AGUAGGCGGAGUUUCCAGUCGGUCAGGAAGAGGAGAAAGGCGGACACAGAAACAUCAAGCGAUGGCUGCUAUCAGAAAGAAGCUGGUGAUCGUUGGAGAUGGUGCUUGUGGGAAAACUUGUCUGCUCAUUGUCUUUAGUAAGGAUCAGUUCCCAGAGGUCUACGUCCCCACUGUGUUUGAGAACUAUGUGGCUGACAUCGAGGUGGAUGGAAAACAGGUAGAGCUAGCACUUUGGGAUACUGCAGGUCAAGAAGACUAUGACAGACUGCGGCCUCUCUCCUACCCUGACACUGAUGUUAUUCUUAUGUGCUUUUCUGUAGACAGCCCUGACAGUUUAGAAAAUAUUCCUGAAAAGUGGACACCUGAAGUUAAACACUUCUGUCCGAAUGUUCCCAUCAUCCUCGUGGGCAAUAAGAAGGAUUUACGCAAUGACGAGCACACCAGACGAGAGCUUGCCAAAAUGAAACAGGAGCCAGUUAAAUAUGAGGAUGGCAAAGAAAUGUCAAACCGCAUCACUGCCUGUGGAUACCAAGAGUGUUCUGCCAAAACCAAAGACGGUGUGAGGGAGGUCUUUGAGAUGGCAACUAGAGCAGCACUGCAGGCCAAGAAACGUAACAGGAAGACUACCUGCCUUCUGUUAUAGGCUCUGGGAAAGGAGGGAGCUGCUGUCAAGCACAGAUGAGAGGGCAGGUUCCAUUGAGAUUUGACAUGGGGGAGAAUAUUGGGGAGGGCCCUGAAAAGUUUUGCAGAUGCUCAAUUUGUCAUCACCCAGUUAUCCUUAGCAAAUUACAGCGAUCUUCAAUGAUUUGAUAGGCUUUUCCAUCUUGAUACUUGGUCUAUGUUGGGUUAAAUACCAUUUGCUUGCUUGAAUCAAACACUUUUAGAUCUAGAAAUAUCUUGAGCAGGUGGUGGGGGUGGUUUGAAGUUGAGUAGAUGUAAACAUGUUGAAAUGUGCCAUGAUUGGUAUGAAGUUAGAAACGGUCAUUACCAGGCCAAAGACAAAUGGGACAUGCAAAAGAGAAAGAAAAAAAAAUGACUUAAAUGUAAAAUAGAUUGAAUUAAGACUCUCUCUGAGUGAAUUUUACACAGUAUCGCCUACAUGUAGUGCCUUGAGAGCAUGGGUCAAGAAGAGUAAGUUGUGGGGUUAGGAUUCAUAACUUCAAAGGGGGUAUUUUUUCAUUUGUAGUGUCCAUACAUCACAUUUGUGAAUGCUUUCUCCAUGUCAGUGGCUUGGCUCAUUCAGGCUCAUAUUCUGACUCAGGCGCUAUGCAGGGGUAUGCCUAAACUAGAUUGUAUGAGAUAUUUUCCCCACACGGAAUUACUUACCUGUACUUUACUCUGUGUGUGUGUGUGUGUCUGUCUGGUUAAGUGAGUGUGUGAGACUGUAUGGCGGUAUGUUUUCUCCAGUGCAGGUUUGCAUGCAGUGAAUGUGUGUAUAUUUGUAUGGGUGUGUAUUAACAAGUGUCUACGUACUGUAUGCAUGGGAAGGCCUUCUGCGUCACUGACCUAACCCCUUGUUUCCAUGCCAAAGUUACCCCUGACAGCCACAUUUUAUGGCUCAUUUGGGUAAUGGAAUUAACAACUACUCAGAGUGACAUAGAAACCUUCAUUUUACUGGAAGACAUUGUACUAUACAUAGAGGCACAAUCAGGUUAAACAUAUUACAAGUUUUUAGGACCUUUUUUGUGUGUACUAGAGAUUCAUUUGAUUGCAUUAAUCAGUGGGUCAAAUCACGUGUGGUGUAGUUAAGUUGAAAAUCCUUUCUUUAGAUGAUAGGUUUAUCUUAUUACUAUUAUGUCCAUUAUGUACUGUAUCUCUUACAAGGCCUUGUAAGGACAUUAUUGAUGUGUAUUUCAAGUUUGCCUUUUAUUCAGUUCUCCCAAUCUCCCCUUUAAUGGUAUUGUCAUUAUUGUACUAUAACUUUUUAUUGUUGAUGUCUCUGAUUUUCUUAGUAUAUUUUAAUCAUUUUACUUAAUCCUGCUGUUAUGAUCAGCUUAUGUCAGUUCAAUGAUGAAUAAAUUGUAACCGUAGAAUUGUUUUGGUAAUAAAAUGAAGGUCAACCAUAGGGUGGAUGGCUGGACAGUCGUGGGAGUGGGAUGUUAGAGCAGUUAUUUUUCUUCUACUGCCCCCCCCCCCCCUUUUUUUUUUUUUUUUACUUUGACCUAUUAGGCUUUCUGGAUUUUUGUUUUCAGAUAAAGGUGAUAUUAGGGUUUUCUGUUAAAGAUAUUUAUGUGUUUCUUGAAACCAUUCAUCAUUUAUGACUACAACAGUCUUCGCCAUAUUACUGGUAUAAUUUUCUUUUUUUCAAAAUAAAACAUUCAUAA